GCUGCAGUUAGACAAAAGCCAACAAACAUUUACAACGUUAAACACUGACAAUAGCAGGCAUUUGGACUUUUUUUUUUUUUUUUGCAUUUUGUAACAUAAAUUAGCUCUUCGUUUAAUUUAAUUUGUAAUUUUAUCUCUGAUCCCAAUAAGAUUUGAUUUGAACACUUACUAAUCGAUGGCGUGACAUGUAAGAGUGGAGCGGCUAGUCACUAACUGAGAGACUUUCCUCAAGCGAUAUCUCAGAAGGGUGACACAACUCAACUUCACCACAUACACACUCUCUUUCGUGUCGUCUGCGAGUAUCUUUUGUCAGGCCGUGUGUGUGUGUGUGUCGAGGUCAUGUGGAGGAAGGCCGUGCUGGUGGCGCUGCUGGCGUUGGGGAUGGGGUAUCUGUACCACACUGACCCGGAGCUGCCGGCCCGUGUGCUGAACUACGUCAGUGAAUCUCUCCCGCAGAUGGAGCCGAGUGACAGCUCCGAGCCCCGCCCCCCGACGCUGGAGGAGGCCAUCGCACGCGCCUGGCAGACCCUCAUCACGGCUCCGGCCCGACGCUGGGCGAGAGUGGCAGUGGGGGUGAACGCCUGUGUGGAUGUGGUGGUGUCCGGGGUGGGGCUGCUGCAGGCGCUCGCUCUCGAACCUGGAUCCGGCAGAGACCAUGUGGUCCUACACGGCAAAGAGGACCUGAAAGAGGCCUUCAUCCACUACAUGGGGAAGGGCGCUGCUGCAGAGCGCUUCUUCUCAGAUAAGGAGGUUUUUCAAAGGAUCGCACGGGCGGCUGCUGAAUAUCCCGGCGCUCAGCUUUAUGUUGGUGGAAAUGCUGCUCUUAUUGGCCAGAAACUGGCGUCUAACCCAGAACUUGUAGUCCUCUUAUGUGGUCCGGUGGGGCCGAAGCUUCAUGAAAUGCUGGAUGAACAGAUCAUAGUCCCACCAGAAUCUCUGCAGGAGAUGGAUGAGUUCCACCUGAUCCUGGAGUACAAGUCAGGUGAACAGUGGGGUUCCUCGAGAGCUCCUCAGGCUAGCCGCUUCAUCCUGUCCCAUGACGUGUCCAACGGUGAAAUGAGCACGCUGGAGACAUUCGUGGCCAGUCUGGACGAGUUCCAGCCGGAUCUGGUGGUUCUGUCCGGACUGCAUAUGAUGGAAGGAAUGGGCCGGGACCUUUGGGAGGAACGACUGAAAGAGGCGGUGGUGGCCAUCUCAGACGUGAGGAACGAGGUGCCCAUCCACCUGGAGCUGGCCAGUAUGACUGACCGAGACUACAUGAACCUGAUCCUGCAGGAGCAGGUCUUGCCCAUCGUGAACUCCAUUGGUCUGAACGAACAGGAGCUGCUGUUUUUGACUCAGUCCGGAGGUGGACCUCACGCUGACCUCACUUCCUGGGACGGCAUCCCCGAUGUGGGCCGCGUCAGCGACAUCCUGCUCUGGGUCCUGGAGCAGCAGGGCCGGGUGGACCCAGAAUCUGAAGCCGACCUGACCCGGAUCCACUUCCACACGCUAGCGUACCACAUCCUGGCUACGGUGGACGGCCACUGGGGAAACCAGGAGGCGGCGGUGGCCGCAGGCGCCCGUGUGGCCAGCAGUCAAGCCUGCGGUCUGCAAGCGGUAGAUGUCACGAAGGUGGUCCUCAAGGCACCGCUGAGCUUCUACAGCUCCUUCUCAGAGCCGAGGAAGAGUCUAACGGUGGACCCGACCCGACCGGUCACCGUGUGGCGCAGAGGAAACGUUUCAUUCCAUCUCACACCUGUCCUGGUGUGCAAACAGCCUCUGAGGACUGUGGGAUUGGGCGACGCCAUUUCAGCUGAAGGCCUUCUGUUUUCAGAGGUCACGCCUCAGCCUGAGCUCUAAGAGACGCCUCUCAUUCAUCCUUUUGAAGAUAUGUCCUCAACAUUAGGUCUUAAAGCUGGGGAAACAGACUUAGGGGGAAUCAAACGAAGGGAUGUUUUUCAGAGCAAAACAAGUUUGAGGUGCAGGGCACUCUUUGUUUUUUUUUUUUUUUUUGGUUGCUACUUUUGUCUAAAAUCACAUUGUGAAAGACGGCACUGAACGUGACGACGUGAGCCAGGUUCUUUAAACAAAGAUGAACAUUCUGUCAUAAUUUGCUCACCUUUAAACCUAAACGACCUUCUUUAUUACAUUAGAAAUUGUCCAGAAGUCAAACUCCGUUUUCGGUGAGUAAAUGAUGACAGAAUUUGUAUUUCUGGAAGAACUUUUUUAAAACUAUAAUAAGAGGAGAUCAUACUCUGGUUAACAGGUGUACAAGACCUGCAGCUGCUAUUGGGACGAAUGAAAGCGAACGAGAGAAUGAUUUUAGAGUCUUAAACGUCCCAAAUCUCCAUUGUACUUCCAAACACUCCUUUAUUUGGGUUAUGAAUGUUAAUUAGUAGCAGAACCGGAAGCCCAUCAGGUUUACCAGGUUUAUCCAGUGAUGCAUUAUUUUUCCCUUAAGCUAAGUAACAUUAAGUUCUUAUGGAAGCAUAUUACUGCCACUGAAUAAAAACUAAAAAAGUAAUUGCGACUUUUUUUCUCUGAAUUGCGAGAUAAAGACAGAAUUUUGUGAUAUAAAAUCGCAGUUUUGCGGAAAAAAAUCAGGAUUUGCAAGAUAUAAACUGCCAACUACGAAAAAAGUCAGAAUUCCGAGAUGUAAACACGGAAUCGUGAAAAAAAAAGUCAGAAUUCCGAGAUGUAAACACGGAAUCGUGAAAAAAAAAGUCAGAAUUGCGAGAUGUAAACAUGGAAUUGUGAAAAAAGUCAAAAUUCUGAGAUGUAAACACUGAAUUGUGAAAAAAAGUCAGAAUUCCGAGAUGUAAACACGGAAUUUUGAAAAAAGUCAGAAUUCCGAGAUGUAAACACGGAAUUUUGAAAAAAGUCAGAAUUCCGAGAUGUAAACUGGCAAUUACCUCUCUUCAUUUUUUAUUCACUGGCAGAAACACGCUUCCUUAAGUUCUCUUAACAUAAUGAAAUUAAAAACAAAUGAUUCCAGGGUCAAUCUAAAGUCAAAAUAAUUCCUUAAUAUUAGUUAAUAGUUUAGAUCAUCAGUUUACCUCUCGGGAUUGUGGCCAUCAUUUACUGCACAUAUGAUUAAAUACCAUUCAUUAUUCUCGUCUUAAUCUUAAUGUUCUUCAAGAUGGGAAUCUAGCUGUAGGUUUUUGUAAAUUGGAGCCAGCAUUAUUUGUAUAUAAUAAGAGAAAUGGUAAAUAUUUCCCAUUCGUUCUGGUUUGGUCUGUAUGUAGUGUAGGUGGCAUUAAUGACGACUGUUGUGAUUUAUGAUGCUUCCUGUUUUUAAAGGUUACACAUAAUGAAUCUGUCAUUUAUUCUUAUGAGUCAUGAAGUUACCAUGUACCAUCCAAACACUUCUGACGUAUGAUUUUUAUUGUUUUAUUUGAGAUGUACUAAUUAAUCUCUGUGAAUUAUCAUCUGUCUUAAACCAGCAUUAAACCCAUUUUGAGGCUUUUUAACUAAUGCAGUUUUAGAAAUGAGCCACGAAUGGUUUUAUGAACACUUUUCACACAAUUGUGUUUGUGUUUCCUGAAUGAGGCAAUAACUGUGAGAAAUGCCUCGGAUCAUGAACCUCAUGGAUCAUGUUUUGUACUGUAUUUCUGUAACACUACAUUAUUGAUGCUGUUAGUUUCUCAAACCAACAAAAGAGGGGACUUGAAAGGUUUUCUUGUUCAGAUGCUGCAAACGUUGAGUGGUGGUGUGAGAAACUAACAGAAAGUUCACAUUCAUGAAACUUAUUUUGACUAGAUCAAAUGUUUUAGGGUUCUAGUUUGCACACGUGAUUAUGCAACAAAGUCUUUAAGAGUUACUGGGCAAAACGUCCUUCAAUCAUAAAUGUUGAGACUAGAAAUAAUAGCUCUGUUAACUUGAGUAUGGAAUAUUUUUAUAUAAAUAAAACACUUCUGUACUGGAUA